AUGUCGGCAUCCCCCCGGACUGCAGCCACAGAUGUUGUGGAAAGUUCAGAGUUCCAGAUCCCUGGUGGCAAGAUCGUUCUGAUCUUAUGUGGACUAGUCGCUUCCGGCAAGUCAACCUUCGCAAUUGCGUUGCAGAAACACUAUCCACAGUUUCGCAGAUGCAAUCAAGACGACCUGGGCGACCGACGCGCAGUAGAACAAUUAGCGCGACAAACUCUAAAUCAAGGGCUUUCUAUCUGUAUUGACCGUACAAACUUUAACGCUGCGCAAAGGUCAUAUUGGAUUAAGAUCGCCCGCGAAUUUCCCGGUACUGAGGUAUGGGUUAUUGUCUUUGACACUCCAUACGAGAUAUGCGCAGAACGUCUCCGGCAUAGAGCUUUCCACCCCACGAUCAAAAGCCCAGAGCAAGGGCUAUCCAUCCUCUCGCGCUUCUACGCAGAUUUUCAGUACCCCGCCACCCAUGAAGGCUUCCAGAGAAUUCUGUAUGUCAAACCAUCCGACCAUAGUUCUCCCGUUUAUACUCGCUCCGAUAUCACCGAGACCCUAAUGCGAGUGAAAAGUUCAUCGCUUAUACCUACACCUGGAUCGCAUCGAGGCAAUUACGGAACAGCGCACCCGUCUGCUCGAGGGAAUUCUCUUCGUGGACGUCAUAACAAAUGGCAAACGCCCAAUCACCCCGUUUUCAAUCCUACCAACCAUGGUCGAGGCCGCGAGAACUAUUCCAAUGUCGGGCCGACUAAUGAAAAUCAACUGAGUCCAUCACAUCAUGCAAAGAAUUUGGGCAUAAAUGGAACAGAAUGCGGGCAAGUGCGGUAUCCUUCUGGGGUUCACAGGGAUCAAGGUAACUCAAUAAUGAGCGUGGGUCAAGGGAGUGGCUCAAUACAGGAUCCCUUCGUAAUUGAAUGA